ACCAAGGGGUGGGGGGCCACGUGCUUCCGGUGGGACCGGAACCUGCCAGACCAGGACCACAAGCUGAACUGGACUAGGGCGCGGAGGGCAGAGGGCUAUAGCCCGUGUUUCACGGAUUCCAGGCUCAGGACCUUGGUGUGGCCCUGCCCCAUGGAGGCCACAGGGCCCUGGGCCUGGGCCCCUGCCACCGGAACUCUUCUUCCUGAGGUGGCCUGACCCUGUGUCUCCUGGGGAAUGGUCUAACUAUAUACGGUCAGCAACUCCAGCCACUUCACCGAGUUUCCCAACCGCUUUGAGAUUUGGAGGCCCGCCGCCCGACUGCUUUCUCAGAAGCUAUGGUCCACUACCUCAGCCAUUUUGUUGGAGCCGAACUGGCAGAUGAAGGUGAAACCCAGGCACCGUGGACCUCCUGGUCACCUCGGGAAUGAAGGGCAUCGCUGUCUUCCUUGUCUUUAUCUUCUGCUGGACAACCUCCACCCUCAGCAGCUUCUGGCAGUUCCAGAGGAUGGUCAAACACAUCACAGGGCGCAGUGCCUUCUUCUCCUAUUACGGAUACGGCUGCUACUGUGGGCUUGGGGGCAGAGGGAUCCCUGUGGACGCCACAGACAGGUGCUGCUGGGCUCAUGACUGCUGCUACUACAAGCUUAAGGAAUAUGGCUGCCAGCCCAUCUUGAAUGCCUACCAGUUCACCAUUGUCAAUGGGACUGUGACCUGUGGAUGCACUGUGGGCGGCAGCUGCUUCUGCGGACAGAAGGCCUGUGAGUGUGAUAAACAGUCUGUGUACUGCUUCAAGGAGAACCUGGCCACCUAUGAGAAAGCCUUCAAGCAGCUCUUCCCCACCAGGCCCCAGUGUGGCAGGGACAAACGCCAGUGCUAGGAAGGCCACCAUAGUCCCUCUGUCGCCUGAGCCUGCGUCUGCGCCUGCGUCACCUGCUCUAGUCCCAGGCCCUUCUGAAAAGCUUUGCUCUCUGGGGACUGUCUUCUCAGUCAUUAGGGGACUGGAGGUGGAGAAUUCCUGCCCUGGAAACAAACCAUGGGUAUCUUGCAUUUAAUUGAUACAUUCCGGCAGUGGGACGCAAGGACACACGGAAGCAGGGGUGGGGGGCAUCCUGCCAUCACAGCAUUUGAGAGGUGGAGGCAGGAGAGGCAGGAGGCCAGGGGCAGCCUCCAUUAUCCGGUAAGUUCAAGGCUAGCCUGAGCUACCUGAGACCCUGCCUCAAAAAAAGUUAAAAAAAAAAUUAAAGGAAAAGAAAACAGAGGGACACAGGGAUUGGGUUGAAAGGUGCUCUCAAACUCCUUUCCCCAGAAGAGCAGAGAGUCCCAGGAUCCAGUCUAAACUCCCCUAUGCCCUCCAUCCUGGUCAGCACGUGAGUCUGACUGAGGAACCAAGUCGUCCACCCAGAUCUGGCUGGGAACUAAGCAGGUAUCCUAGAAAAUACAGCCCCAGGAGCCGUGCCUGGAGUCUAGUCUUCAUUUGCUCCAGGUCUGACCUCUGUAAACCCUACAGCAGGACGCAGGCUGUUCCCCUGUCUCAGGAGGUGGGGCACUGUCAGAACAGUGGUGUGCACCAGUGCCACAAAGAUGUCACAGUUAAGAUGGCAUCGAGAAAUGGAAAGAGGGCCUUUGGUUCAGUGAGUCCAAGGCACCCCAAAUCCUCACCACGAUUUAGAAGCCUGUGGUCCUGUAAGGCUUAAAUCUAGUAAAGGAGGAAGGUCUAAUUGGACUGGCGUCUGGAGUUGAUGGUGCCAGGCUGAUGUGGUGGGUGGCAGACAUGGCUGUGACCAUGCUUGCCUCUCUGCAUGGUGACACUUGCCUUUCGUGCCCUAGUGCUCAGCACAUCUCAGAAGAGCAGAGUCUGUUUCAUCCCUUGAAUCCGAGACUCUGCUUGCUAAUGGAGCAAAAGCAGACGGAGGUCCAAAAUGCAGGCUUCAGCCUCUGAGGUCCAGGUCUGUUGUCAAGACCCCUGCAUCCACCAGGAGGAGGCCUGGGCUCAGCCUCCUGGACGAUGAGAGCUUGCUGGGUGAAUGAACAUCAGCACCAGCAGAUCACCAGGCUCAGAGACUUCACAAGCAUGAAAGAGCCCAGCCGAGCCCAGGCUGAGCUGAAGCAUGAGCCUCAUACAGGAAGCUGCGUUUUCCUCAUACUGCGUUUUUGGGAUGCUUCAGGGUGGCUGAUUACACAGCUGUUGGGUUCAGAGUGGAAGCCAAGAACACUCACUUCAGAUUCGGAAGCCUAAAAUGGAAGCUUUGUUUUCUGAGCGCUGAGCACCAGUUCAGGAUCUGAACUGUGUCCCUGAAGGGAGAGUGUACAACAUUUUUAUAGGAUGGGAACACAAAGUGAGGGCAGUGGGGUGGGCUGCUUCACUGACUGAUCAUAUUUUGACGUAAGAGGUUAAGCAAGGAAGUUAACACUGGUGACUGGGCAUUAACCGGGUCAGGUUCCUUGAGUCACCCUUGGUAGUCAGGUCCCCUCCUGCACUCUGGCUCGGAAUUUAGAAUGAUAAAGGAACAAAGGACUGGGCAAGCUGCACGUAGUCAAUUAAGUCAAGACAGGCAGCGCAUCACUUGUGUGCCUUAGUUUAGAUAACAGAAUUGCAGCAUCUUCCUUCCCCCUCACAUCCCUCACUGGUUAACAGACAAACAGGAAACACUUGAAGAGGCAGGACAGGAGCUAGGCUCUGGGGCCUGGGAACAUGAACUCAGUUUUGUUCUUGCCAGCAAGGUGGAACUCGUUCCUGAGAUGGCUGGCCUCAGGAACCGGCCUCCUAUCAAGCUGCUGAUGCUGGUCUCUAUUCACCGAUAUUGCUGGGUUCUCAGCUCUUUGGCAAGACUUGGAGGCCAUGGGAAUGCAGUCCUUUGCCCUGUCCCCUCCCCCCAGGAGGUAUUGGGGAAAAUGGUUGGAUUUGUGUAGUGGUAGAGAACACAUGGGGCUCCCUUCUCGUAGUAGGUCAGCCACCAUCUGUGUAUUGAGCCCACACUGUGUGCCAUGUGCAGUGCUAAGCAGCAGGGAUUCGGAGAUUUAAUGAAACACACAUAGACUAAAAGUCUAAGAAUUUUGAAUCCCAGGGAGGAUGCUGAGAGCCUUGGCAGCUUCUACCAGUGCCAGAGGCUAAACCCCGAACUGAGAAAACCAUGAGAAAACCAAGUGCAUGGGAACAGCAGGACUGAGGGCCUGGGAGUUAGGGCCCUGAGCUCUAUUCAGCUCAAACCACAUAGUCAUCUUUCUUCCCCAGCCUAUUGAUGCACAGCAAGUAGACAAGGGGACGGGGUGGGGCCCAGGGAGGCAGGAAUCUGAGACCUAGGGAUACCAGGGCGCUCAGGCAUACCGAUGUGGCUAGGUUAAGCUAGAGCAUGUCAGAGACUGGUUCCAACCUGGAAAGAUGUCUGAGUGACAGCUGUGGUGGAAGAGGAGGAGCCAGGAUGAUAGCAUGGAGGGCUGGGUUCCUAUGUGAGAUGCAGGUCUCUUCUGCCACUGUGGUCAGCGUCUACACUGGAAAUAGACGGAUACGUUAUGCAGGGUGGUGUGGCUCCCAGUCAGCGUUGUGCUGGGAAUCAGGGCUGUAAAAGGACAUAUUGGUGCUUACAGGAAAUCAUCGAUUUCUUGGAAGGGCAGUCAUUCAUCUAUACCAGGGACCGACUUUAUGCCAGCCCUCUGGUGAGGGUAGAGAAGUGGAAAUUCUGUCCACUCCAAGGAGCAGUCAGACUGGGGAGGAAAGACACAAGGACCAAAGAGCUUGGGAGAUGCUGAGGUAGGCGUCUGCUUAGGGAGCAAUGACCACUGUCUGGGAAGAAGGCUGCUUCAAGGAAUGCAGGGACAGGGUGGACUAACAUCUUGUCUGAGACCCUAGAGAAGAGAAGGAGUUGGGAGGGCUGAGUGUGCCCCACCCCCACACCAGGUAGAUGCAUUUUACGGAGGUCAGAUUCUUCUCGAAUCCAUCAUCCCACCUUCAAGCUGCUGGCACGGCCUUGCCCGCACAGCCGAUUCUGUAUUUAUAAAAUACUCUAGCGAAAUGAUUACAUGCAAAUAAAAUACAAGAGGAAAAA